AUGAAAUACAUUCCAUUAACAUAACAUUUUGAAACUGUAGCUGCUCUCUAUGAAAAAUGUGCUACUAUGUCGGAAUAAUUAGAAGCCCUUCAAAAAUAAUCAACACUAUCCAAUGGAUAAUUGGAAAGUGAAGAUACACAAUAACCUUUAAAAAAUUCGCCUAAACCAACUGAAAAAUAAAAAAUCAAAUAAUAAAAGAAGUAAUUAGAUAAUAUACAGAUUGCAGAUAGAAAUGAUAAAAUGAUUGAAGAAAAGUAAAAAUCAUAAAAUACUGAUAAUAAAAUUAAAAAAUAAAUUUAAAAGUAAUAAACAUAAAUAGUAUAAUUUUCAUGUGAUCAUUGCAAUAAAACCUUUGAAACAUAAAAAAUUUAUAAUAAACAUAUUUAUUAAUUAAAAUACAGAGAAAAAUAACUCAAAAGAAAACAAAAGUAACAAGCAAAAGAUGCAAUAUAAGUAGAAUAACCUAUAAAGAAAGGAAAAAAGGAUAAUAAUAAUAAUAAAAAGACAGGAAUUUCUAUUGAAUUGAGUUUAUGA